AUGAGCAGAAGCAACAACAACGGCAAAAGGCACAAAAACCACGCUGGCCACAAAGCCAGCAAACAUCGUAAAAACAAUAAGGGCAACAAAGCCAACAACCACAACAACUCCUCCCACCACGCGACUCAUGGCAAACGCCGCAUCAACAGAGCCCCUCAAGGAACGGGCGAAGGCUGGUAUGCCGUGGCUGCCAUGCAGGGGCGUCGGCCCCACAUGGAGGACACGUACAGCGUCGUGAUUCCCGACACGACUGGCCCCACCGGCGGCGACCUCCACUCCCUCUUCGGCGUGUUCGACGGACACGGCGGCAAGGCCAUCCUCCCGCGCACCUUCCUCAGGAUCGAUGAGCGCGCCAUGGCCGACGACCAGCUCUCCGGCAGCACGGCCGUCGUGGCCAUCCUCACCGAGAACGACGUCGUCGUAGCCAACGUGGGCGACUCGCGGGGCAUCAUCUACCGCUCCAACGAGGCCGCCAGCCAGCGCAUGCGCGAGUCCGGCGACAGCGGCUACGACAGCAGCAACGACGCCUCUCUCCACUCGACCGCGAGCGAGGACGACGCCACCGAAGACGCCACCGACGAGGAAAACGACACCGACACCGACGAAGACCUGGACGACGCGGUGCCCAAUGCCAAGGAAGAAGAGGAAGUACAAGAAGAAGCCCGAGGAAGGACCCGUGGGCAAGAUCGGCCGAUGGCAGGCGCUCUCGGUCGACCACAAGCCGAACCGGCCCGACGAGAGGGAGCGGGUGGAGCACUGCGGCGGGCGCGUGACGAAGAGGACCAACGAUGUGUGGCGCUUCCAGAGCGUGCUCGCCGUCUCCCGCGCGUUCGGCGAUCACGGGCUCAAGGUGGGUGCCGGCGGCUCCGCACUCACUGCGAACCCGGAGAUCAAGAUAUUCACGCGCCAGGAGAACGACAAGUUCUUCGUGUUGGCUAG